CCUCAAGGUCUCGAAUGACAGGUUGAUUUCACAUCCAGCCGAACUGUUUGGACGCAUCGCAUGCAGACCCCCAUGUUGGAUGAACAGAUGGCGAUCCAGUCGGGCGCAAGGCCAGAUUCGCUGCUGUCCUUCGACAUCCUGAACCACCAACCCCGUAUUCUGACCGCUGCAUUUCUCUGUCCGCGCAAGAUGUCUCUUUCUGGACACUCCUGAUAUUGUGAGAGAGAGAGAGGGUGAGAGGAAGAGGGAAGGACCCUACCAGAUCCAAGUCAAGCCAGGGCGCGGGGGCGGUUCACACACAGAGAGAGAACCGCACAUUACGGGGUAUAUCAACCUCAGCCUGUCGCCCUCGUUUCCCCUCGUCUCGCUUCUUCAGCCUCUUCUUUCAAUAACUCAUCCGAAAACCUGUCCUGCCUUCUCAUCACAAUCACCAUCUCGUUCUGUUCCACUCAAAAUCUGCUUCUGUCUGUUCUCCCACUCCCGCCAGCCGUCGCCCGUCGUCUACGAUGGCCUCUGGGAGCCCCCAUCAGCCGUGGGACCUGAUCAGCGGGCAUGAUCCUCGCCGAGUUGCCAUGCCAGAUCAAGUUCCCAAUCAAGAUCGACUUGCCAUUCAAGACCGAGUUGGCAUUCUGUCAAGGACUCUCGGCUCGAGCUCCAGCAUCAGAUGGAUCCUCCCUGCGCGUAUUCGCUCGCCUUCAAACAACGACGUCGUCUUCGUUGGACCAACCUUCGUCCAGCUCCACGAGUUCAAAGACAGUGGACAAUUGGUUGUCGUGACCGCAAAGCUCGACUUUGGUACCACAAUUACUGAUGCCAAAAUAAUCUCUGCCGAGUUGAAGUCUGUUCCAAUUGUGGAUGCCAUACUGAAGCAAGAGCGGGACCAAGAGUUGUUCAGUAUUCGCGGUCAACCUGUCGGUGAUUCGGAGCCGCCACAGAUCCUUGUCCUCAUCACAAAAGACAAUGAGUUGAUCUACGUCUAUGCACACAAGGACGCCGUUGGAGACGUCAAACUCGUCUUUGCAAAACGGCCCUUCCUAGGAGGUGUAGACCUGCCCUCAAGAGAGUGUCGAGACCUCGCUAUUGAUCCAGAAUCCCGUGCCCUUGCCGUUGCUUCGCCUUCAGGCUACUUUGGACUCUUCAAACUACGUUGUGUGGAUGAGAUCAGGGCGGAGAUUGAUACCUGGGAUCCUCUCGAUCCCGCCUCAUUCCGUCCCUCAGAAGAGCAACGUUUCAUCCAAGUGGCUGGCAAGAUUUUGAUGAUGUCUUUCUUACGCAGCCCUGAGGGCGAUCCCACAAAGGUCGUCCUGCUCCUGCUGGUUUACUCUGGAGAUGCGGAGCCCGGAACGCAUCAAUACCUAUAUAAAUGGGACACUCGCCAACCACUCCAGACAAUCCAGCCAAUGUCAUGUAGUGGGCGCAAAUUGAGAGAAGACCAGUUGCCCUUGAUGCUGAUCCCGUCAACGCGGGCUUUUUCGUACAUUGUUGUCAUGGCGGCUGGGAUCAGCUACUACGAGAAUGUCCAAUCAUCUCAAAUGAAGCGAGUCUACUGUCGAUGCCUGGACAAUAUAAACACGAAUCUGGAGUGGGUGCAAUGGGUCAGACCUAGACGCCACAGCCAGUACCUCGAACGAUGCGACGAUAUUGUCAUUCUGCGAGAAGACGGACUCCUGAAGAACUUUCUAAUCGACAAAACGUCCAGCACAAAGUUCAGCACCAACAACACUAUUGGCCAUCUCGGUUUCAGCGUUGACACGGCAUUCUGCAUGCUCUCCGGCCCUCCCACCACAGGUGGUGAUAUCAUCAUAGUGGGUGGCAGCUUGACUGACGGAGGUGUCUUCCAUGUAUCCGCCCGAGGGUCGCCGGAACGCGUUCAGCGUAUCGAAAUACUUGCUCCACUGAAUGAUAUCGCCCUUGGACCUCCGAUAGCCGUCGACUCUCAAGACCCUGCUAUGUGGCAAGGCACGCCAGGGAGGCUCUAUGCCUGUUCAGGUCCUUGUGAUAGGUAUGGUCAAGUGUCAGAAAUUCGCUACGGCUUGGAAGCCCAAAUUGGUUGGGAAAUCUCAUUCCCAGAGGCUGCUCUGUCUGAGCGGCUGUUCAGCUUGGAGAUACCGGGUGCAAACGAACUGCUGCUGAUGGUCUCUCAUACAACGAACUCUUCGAUGGUCGUGUUCGAGUUAGAAACUCAGGACGUCUCCCACACUAAUACGGAGAGCCACCCCGGGUUUGAUUUUGACCAUCCCACGCUUGCUGCAACAGUUAUCAAUCGAGACACAGUUGUACAGGUGACUACCCAUGGUGUGCACGCCAUACUUAUCGAGGCUGACAGAGAAGUUGAAGAAUUGGGCCACCUCAGGUCACGCAUCGCACAUGCGGGCUUCUUCACCGGUGACCAAGCCAUUGCCACCACCAGCCGUGUCAGUUCGGGUUAUGAACUCCGUGUAAUCGACACCGACACUUCAGAGGGCGGAGCACUUCGCUUUACAUCCCGCCCGCCUGUGGCAAUGAGAUACAUUCCCAAUGUGAUUUGCUGCGUCCAGAUACGCACCACGCAGCUAGUUCUGAUCGGUACAUCAACUGGAGAGAUCUUAGGCUAUACUGACACACUAGGGCUUGCCUUCGAAUUUCGAGUCCAAGAUCUCAGUGCGAAAGUCGAGAAUGUCGCAGUGUCUUCCCUGGUCGCGCUAAAGCAGAACACCGCCGGCCCAAUCCUGCUUUUGUGUGGCCUCCGUUCGGGCACUAUUAUGUGCUUGGAACUUAGGGUGGAUGGUGAAGAUGUCUCGAAAACAGCCCUGAAAUGUGAUGACAUCUACCGCGUUGGGGCAACUCCUGUACAGAUUGUCGAGGAGAAGAGUCAGCCUGGCAGCCCGCAGGACCCAUCUGCGCUCGUGCUUUGCGAAUACAUGCUUCACCGGAUCACGCUCCAUCCUAAUUCUGCCGUAGUCGACUAUACAAUGUCUCCUUUGUGGGUGACAGAUCGAACUAAACCCUCACUCCGGCCGCUGAUCAAUGCAGUACACCGGAUCCCGAAGCUUAUGUCAGGAGAUGAACAGCCUGGGGGCUUCCUAAUGUGUGCUGUCGAAGAGGAUUUGGUCUUCUGUUCCGUGAUUGCUCAGGAACACGGAAUUGCAAGGCACCUGAACCUGAAAGGCAUUCCCAAGCGUAUAAUCUACUCGAGGUUUCUUCAGAAGUUUGUGGUUGCCUUCUCUCGAGAGGGCGAUCCUACGGAAAUCCGAGUCAGAAGGCACACCGGUAUACCUCUGCCCGAGGGUGAAAAGGACACUUCCGACCAGCCGUCAGAUAAGGUGCAAAGAGCUGGGCUACAACUCAUCACUCCCAACUUGCAAUAUCCCAAAUCGAAGGAUCCUGAGUACGCCACCUUUUCAACCAUCGUGACUGGAGAUGACAGCGAUAUUAUCCAUGAUCUCAUUGAUUGGGCACCGACAGACGGUCACAAUCACUACGAAUGGCUGGUGCUCGCUCUGGAGCAGUUGAGCACAACGCCGGGCGUGCGAGGACCUGGUCGAGUUGUCUGUGUCAAUGCCAAAAGCUUGGGUAAGGGCAAACCAGAUGCCACGCCUAAACUUGCUUUUAGCAGCCGGGAACCCAUCACGGCCAUAUGUGCGUACAAGAUGUCAUCUCUCUUGAUUGCAGCCGGAAGAGAAAUCAUCUUACAUCAUCUGGAUUGGUCCACACGCCGGUGGAAGACGUUGGCAAGGUUCGCUCUUCCGUCGUAUGCGAAUGCCAUAUCCUGUCAGGGCUCGCUCAUCUGCGUUGCCACCCAACAACACUCGUUGUUUGUUCUCGUGGAGAAGAACAACGCAUUGCACCACCAUAAGUGUGACACCAAAAUGAGAUAUGCCAAAGACAUUGCGGUCUCUGAUGGUUCCACCGCUGUCUUCGCCUCUGCCGAUGUAGGAGGUACGGAUAUCAUUGGCUUCACGGGGUUGAACAAGGACACUACCGAAGCAGCUCCAGCCUUCCACGCAACAGUUCCGGGCCACAUCCACCGCUUUCGUCUGGAUACGUCACAAGGCCCUCGAAAGACUGAUCGAACGCGCUUCUACGGCUGCACGCUCGAUGGUACAAUAUUCCAUUUUGCACUCCUGAAUCACACUGAGUGGAAAUUGCUUCACUUCAUAGAGGAAAUGAGCUACAUGGCCAGGAAACCCAUCAAAGCCGUGCCCCUCAAGAAGAGAGACGUGGACAACAAAGCAUAUCUCUGGAAGCCUCCGGCUUUUAGACCGAAGGAUAUGCAUGUCCAAGGAGACCGCCUGCUCGUCAUGAUUGAGCAAGGGCCAUACAACCUUCGAAAUGUUCUCCGAGGAUCAGACAGAAUGGAUAGCUUCAAUGCUUUGGUAAAGGAGACCUUGGGGGAGACGGAGCAGCCUGUGGACGCUGUGAUUGCUUGGAUACGGAAGUUUAUGACAUACCCACCACGAUCUUGAUGGAUGGACAUGGAUGGACCUCGUGCGGAAGAGGGACUACUAGGCACUCAUAGCCAUCAAGCUCUCUGGUGCCUUUUAUUCAACCUAGCGGACAGGACAAUGCCGUCACGGGAUUGGGACGAGUGUUUUGCCUCUUGAAUUGAAGAAUGACAAGACUGAUAGUCUUGCUGAAAACUCCC